AUGUUCUACAGCCCAAAAAGAAGAAUCACCAUUCGGAGCAAUUUUAUGGUGGACAACCCUCAAGAAGGGAGGUUGUCGAGAAAAAGGAAGAAACUGAAGGCUUCAAGCUCUUCGUUACUCCGGUUUACCCUGAAUUCCAGUAGCGUAUGCACUGUGAAUUCCUCUACGCAACAGCGUAUUUGUGAUAACGAGAAUACGACGAACGUCUCCGAUCCCUUCUACCGCUACAAGAUGCCCCGCAUCAUGGCCAAGGUCGAGGGAAAGGGCAACGGCAUUAAGACGGUCAUCUCCAACAUGGUCGACAUCGCCAAGGCUCUCGAGCGCCCACCUAUUUAUCCCACCAAAUAUUUCGGCUGUGAGCUCGGAGCCCAGACGCAGAUCGACGUGAAGAACGAGCGGUACAUCGUCAACGGUGAACACGACGCGGCCAAGCUGCAAGACAUCCUCGACGGCUUCAUCAAGAAAUUUGUCCUCUGCGGCUCGUGCGAGAACCCGGAGACGGCACUGCUGGUGCGCAAGAACCAAAUCCACUCGAAGUGCAAGGCGUGCGGCCACUCGGCCAUCAUCGACCCGCGCUGGCGUCUCAGCACCUACAUCAUCAAGAAUCCGCCGAAGAUCGAGGUCGACUUGAACAUUGGGAACCCGAAGGCCAACAAGACGAAUGGAAAGCCGGCUGCCGACACGAAUGGGGAUGCGCAAGAGGAUGGCAAUGAUAGCAAGCACGGCUCCUCGUCGGGCGACGACAUCCAGGUCCAGGACGACGAUGACGACGAUUGGGCCGAGGCCCCGGAAAUCGAUGCCGACAAGCUCGCUGCCGGCGUCGGCAAACUCGUCAUCUCGGCCGAUCUGGAGAAGUCGAUCGAUGAGCGCCUCGACAUGCUGCACACCUUCUUCCAGGAGAAGAAAAAGAAGGACGCCAUUGGGGAUGGACUGGAUUUGGCGAACGAAGCCGAGCGCCUCGACAUCAAGCAGAAGGCGCCCCUCAUCCUGGCCAACGUCAUCUUUGACGACAACAUCAUCACCGAGAAGCAGAUUGAGAAGUAUGCGAAGUGCCUGCUCCGCUUCACUGCCAACGACAGCAAGGCUCAGCGCUACUUCCUCGGCGGCAUCGAGCAGGUCAUCGUGCGCCACAAGGACUCGCUGAUGGCCCGCGCCCCGCACAUCAUCAAGGCCCUCUACGAUUUGGACAUUUGCGAGGAGGAGGCCAUUCUCAAGUGGGCCGAAAAGCCCUCAUCGAAAUACGUGUCAAAAUCGCAGGCGAAGGCGAUCAUUGCCGCCUGCGAGCCGGUGAUCAACUGGUUGAAGGAGGCCGAGGAGGAGACGGAAGACGAGGAUGACGAUGAGGAUGAGGACGACGAGGUCGCCUUCGACUCGGGCAAGACGUCCGCCGUCGCCCAGCAGCUCGAGGAGCGCAAGAAGAAGCAGGUCGAGACGAUCGAGGCCCACGACGGCGAGGAGAUUGCCGUCGACGACAUC